AAUGUGAACCUCACACGUUUCAACGGCCUCUUUAACUGGACGAUGAGCUACACGCGUGAUGCAGACAUAUCCAUUCCUUAUGGGCAAACGAUGCUGGGAGGUGAUAAUCUAAGUUUUCCAGCUGCUCCAAAUCGCUCCUGCUUCGCCAGCUGGGUGGUCAGCAAAUACAAGCCUCAACAGACUCGGGCUGCUUUUUAUCAAAGACUAAAGAAGCAUAUCCCCAUAGAGGUGUACGGCAGGUGGAACAGGAAACCCUUGCCAGACAAGAAGCUCUUGCCCACCAUUUCAAACUGCCUGUUCUACCUUUCUUUUGAGAACUCUGAGAAAAAAGACUACAUCAGUGAGAAACUCUGGAGGAACGCUUUUCAAGCAGGGGCUGUACCAGUGGUUCUCGGCCCCAACAAGGCCACCUACGAAGCCGUGACCCCCCCACAUUCCUUUAUCCAUGUAGCUGAUUUCAAUAGCCCAGCUGAUCUGGCAACAUAUCUGAAGGUUUUGUCUGCAGACAGGCAGGCCUAUGAGAAAUACUUGGAGUGGCACAACACCUACCGAAUUAAAACCUACAGUGACUGGAGGGAAAGGCUGUGUCAGAUCUGUGUCAGGUAUCCCAGUUUACCAGCCAGGAAAGUCUACCACGACCUGGACAGCUGGGUGAACAGCUAGUGUCGGACUUCUUCACCAAAG